AGCAAAAACAGUCAAUAUUGUCAAUUUUAUUUUUCAGAGUUCAGUUGAUAUUCAGAUUUCCAUAUAUUAAAAUAUUUUAUUUCUGAAUAUUGUGGAAUAUUUCUAUAUUCAUAAUACAAUUGUAUAUAUAAUCAGCGGAAACCAAAAUAAUUGCCGAAAGAGGAUUGUAUUAUCACAAGGCAAUAUGUCGUUCCUACCUGGUAAACUUUUACGAUCUUCACUAUCGAAGACAGUUUUAAACUGGACCGGACUUGGGUCUAUGCGUGAAAAACAUGUGAUGCCCAAACAUUUGGAAAAAAUCGGUAAAGACAAAGAUCCACCAUUUGCACACAUGGUUGAGUAUUAUUAUCACUCGGCCGCUCAGCUUAUGGAGCCGAUGAUGAUAAAGGAGCUGGAGAAGUAUCCUUACAUGAAGAAGGAACAGCGUGAACGACGUGUUUCCGCCAUGCUUAAAUUGAUAGGCUCCACUACAAAUCUAUUGGAAGUUACCUUCCCUAUAAUAAGAAGUGAUGGCAAUUACGAACUAAUCACCGGCUAUCGCGCACACCACACUAGACACAGAUUACCACUCAAAGGCGGCAUUCGUUUCGCCAUGGACGUCGACGCCGAUGAGAUACGCGCUUUGGCUUAUCUGAUGGCGUUUAAGACGGCUUGCGUGAAUGUACCGUUUGGUGGUUCCAAGGGUGGCAUACGUAUCGACCCGAAGAAGUAUUCUGCACAAGAAUUACAAACAAUUACGCGUCGCUAUACAAUGGAGCUAUUACGUCGCAAUAUGAUAGGUCCGGGUAUAGAUGUACCGGCACCAGAUGUGAAUACUAGCCAACGCGAGAUGAGUUGGUUGGUGGAUCAAUAUAUUAAAACUUUUGGCUAUAACGAUGUAAAUGCUUUGGCUAUCACGACUGGUAAGCCAGUAGAUUUAGGCGGUAUUAAUGGUCGUACCGCCGCCACGGGGCGUGGUCUAUUUAAGGCGGCUGAAUGUUUUAUUAUGGAUAAAGAUUGGAUGGAUUUAUUAGGCUGGAAGACUGGUUGGAAAGAUAAAACCGUGAUCGUACAAGGGUUUGGCAAUGUCGGUUCCUAUGCAUCCGUUUUUGUAGUAGAAGCCGGUGCCAAACUGAUCGGUGUUCAAGAACUUGACGUGUCUCUUGUAAAUGAGAAUGGCAUUGAUCCAAAGGACUUAAUGGAGUAUUAUGCAAAACAUAAGAAAUCAAUUAAGGGUUAUACCAAAGCCACUGAAAAACAGGGUAGUUUGUUGGGAGAAAAAUGCGAUAUACUAAUGCCUUGCGCUACACAAAAGGUUCUCACCGCCGAAAAUGCCAAUAGUGUACAAGCAAAGAUGAUUUUAGAAGGCGCUAAUGGUCCUUCGACACCAGCUGCUGAUGAAAUAUUACGUAAGAAGAAUGUACUCAUUAUACCGGAUAUGUAUUGCAAUGCUGGCGGUGUAACGGUAUCUUACUUUGAGUACUUAAAGAAUAUCAAUCAUGUAUCUUAUGGCAAAAUGAAUGUUAAGCGCGAGAAGGCCAUAAUCAACGAGAUCUUUAAUUCCAUUAAUGAGUGCGAAGAUAAAUUUAAGCCAAAUAAAAAGUUACAGCUCAUAAGAGACUGUACCAAGGAGGCGGAUAUUGUAGACGCAGGGCUUCAAACAGUUAUGGAAACUACUGCAGAAGGCAUCAAGACCGUGGCCAAUGAAUUCGCCCUUUGCAAUGAUUUACGUACGGCCGCUUUCAUUUAUUCAAUUUCGAAGAUUUUCCGCGCCUUAGAAGUGGCUGGUAUUUCUCAGCAAUAAUUUCAGAAUGCGGCUGAAAGAAACAUUUAAUAAAGGUACUCAUUUAAUGUCGUUAUGGCAAAAUGGCAGUACUGUUCAUGUUUAAAUGAGUUUUAUUUUAAUUCCAAUAAUUUUUGAAAGUUUUUGCUGAUUUUUUCCUUAUUCUUUUGACUGCUUUUUACAAAUAAAAAGCAAUAUUGCUACAGAGAGCUCAUUUAACUCAUGUUGCCACAUUGCCAUUUUGAUAUAAAAGCCACAUUAGAUGAGUAUUCUUAUUAUUUAGCUUGAUUUCAAGAGCAUAGAAUAAUAGCAGAAAAAGUAACAAUAAAUAUCUUCCUUACUGUUAUGUUAGAUUUAAUCCAAUAUUUUACACUAUUUCAAUUUAUAAGACUGACAUAUUUGGUAUCAUAUAUAAAUAUAUAUAUCGUAUUAAUUUA